CUGGAGAACCUCUGGAAGGUCACGCUCGAGGGCCGGGAGAACCGCGAGCACGGCCCGCUCGUCUUCCGCGCCAUGCAGGGCCAGAGCGACGCCGUCCGGGCGUCCAUGAUGAAGCACAUGGUCCUCCUCAAGCCGCAGCUCUUCUCGGAGGAGGUCAAGCGCGACGUCCGGCGCCUGCGCUACUCCUUCCGCCUCUACGACUAG